GUGACACGUCGCAAAUUCACCAUAAUCAAGGAGAACGUUUCCGGGUGGUGAUCUCUGGAAUUGCUCAGUGAGCACCCCUAAUUACCCUGAUUUAUUGCUGAUAAUCAUUCUCAAUGGAAUCAAAUCAAAAAUCUGGGGAUGGAUUAACUGGUACUCAAAAAGAAGCAGCUCUUCGUACGCUAACACAACGUACUGGAUAUCGUCUGGUCCAGGAAAAUGGACAGAGAAGAUAUGGUGGACCCCCUCCUGGAUGGGAAGGUCCAGCUCCAGAACGAGGCUGUGAAAUCUUCAUUGGCAAGUUGCCCCGUGAUCUGUUUGAAGAUGAACUUGUGCCAUUAUGUGAAAAGAUUGGUAAAAUAUAUGAAGUCAGAAUGAUGAUGGACUUUAAUGGUAACAACAGAGGAUAUGCAUUUGUAACAUUCACUAAUCGACAAGAUGGCAAAAAUGCAAUCAAGCAGCUAAAUAAUUUUGAAAUCAGAAAUGGACGUCUGCUUGGUGUCUGUGCAAGUGUGGACAAUUGCCGCUUAUUUGUUGGAGGAAUCCCAAAAACAAAGAGAAGAGAAGAAAUUUUAACAGAAAUGAAAAAAGUUACUGAUGGAGUACUUGAUGUGAUUGUAUAUCCGAGUGCAGCUGACAAAGCAAAGAACAGGGGCUUUGCAUUUGUGGAAUAUGAAAGUCAUCGGGCUGCAGCCAUGGCAAGAAGAAAAUUACUACCAGGACGGAUUCAGUUGUGGGGACAUCCAAUUGCUGUAGACUGGGCAGAACCAGAGGUUGAAGUUGACGAAGACACAAUGGCAUCUGUAAAAAUUUUAUAUGUGCGAAACCUGAUGCUAUCAACCCCUGAAGAAGUAAUAGAAAAAGAAUUCAACAAUAUUAAACCAGGUGCAGUUGAACGAGUAAAGAAAAUUAGAGACUAUGCAUUUGUUCACUUCAACAACAGAGAAGAUGCAGUUAAUGCUAUGAAUGCUCUGAAUGGAAAGGUACUGGAUGGUUCUCCAAUUGAAGUGACUUUGGCAAAGCCAGUUGACAAGGACAGUUAUGUGAGGUACACUAGAGGUACUGGUGGAAGAGGCACAAUGCUCCAAGGAGAAUAUGCUUACACAUUAGGGCAUGUGUAUGACCCAGCAACUGCAUAUCUAGGUGCUCCAAUAUUCUAUGCACCGCAGGCUUACACGGCCAUUCCUAGCUUGCAUUUCCCACUGAACAAAGGACAAGUCAGUACUCGAGGAAUAAUCAGGACUCCAUCUGUCAGAGAAAUUUACAUGAGUAUACCUGUAGGGGCAGCAGGAGUUAGAGGUCUAGGAGGACGUGGCUACCUGGCUUAUACUGGCCUCGGCCGAGGCUAUGCUGCAUACCACAUCAAGUCUGACAAGCAAGGAGAAGACAAGCUAUAUGAUAUUUUGCCUGGAAUGGAGCUUACACCAAUGAAUCCUGUAACUUUAAAGCCUCAAGGGAUCAAAAGUGCGCACCAGAUUUUGGAAGAGGUCUGUCAAAAAAAUAACUGGGGUCAGCCUGUCUACCAGCUUCACUCUGCCAUUGGUCAUGACCAGAGACAGCUUUUUCUCUACAAAGUAACAAUUCCAGCCCUUGCCACUCAGUACCCCAAUAUACAUCCCUUCACGCCAACUAAACUAUGUUCGUCUGUUGAUGAAGCCAGAGCAUAUGCAGCAGAACACGUGAUCCACACCCUGGGCAUUCAGACAGAAGGAAAUGAACCUCCUGCUGCCGCAACUUUUCAAGGAUAUACAAUAGCAAGUCCUGCUGUGACAGUGGCAGCAACACAGCUUAAACAAGCCAUGGCUUUAGGGCAAGACCUGGCAGCAUACCCAGCAUAUGAGACAUACCCAGCAUUUGCAGUAGCAACCCGUGGAGAUGGAUAUGGAGCAUUCUGAUGAGUUCCUUGCCAUUGAAGAAAAGUCUAGUCUUUGUCUCAUGAUUUCAGUCUAAUGAUUUAAAUAUACUGUGAUUUUUUUCUAAUAAAAAUUAACAGAAAUGAGAA